UCCGCUGUGUGCGGGCGGACCCGCGAGGAAGUUCCGUCUGCCGAUUCGCAGAAUGCCAGAGGCGGUCACCCGCCUCACGGUUUUCACGGCCGAACAGUGUACGCCGCUCAGUCGUACUAGCUGCCGGCACUGGAUCAGAAGCUCCCCAGACCUGCUCACAACGGCUGUUCUGGUUGCCCGGGACUGAUCCUCGAUGAAUAUCCGAACAGGCUGAAGGAAAAGAAACAUCGUCGAAAAUGGCUUCAGAGGCGGAAGUGUUGGAGGAUCAGAAGCCUCUGUUACGUAAAUCCGAAGACGAGAAAAACAGAGCAACGGACGAAAUGUUGUCGGCAGGUGACAAACCGGAAGAUGGGACUCCCUCAUCGACAGAAACGGAGGCAACGAACUCAAAAGAGCAGCAAGUUGAAGAGCCUCCGCCACCCGUCCCUUUCUUAAAACUGUUCCGCUUCUCGUCGACCUGGGAGCAUCUGCUGCUGUUUGCCGGGCUGGUGGCGGGGCUGGGGUCGGGCGUCACCGAACCCGCCGGCCACUGGCUGCUCGGCGACCUCACCAAGGUCAUGGUGGACUUCGGCACGGCCACAGUCAACGCGUCGAUGGCCAACGUGACGCUGCCCGACCACGAAGUGAACGUCUUCCUGGAAGGAAUCAGACACUACGCCAUAUACAGCGCCGUCCUGGGCAUCGCAAACUUCUCCCUCAGCUACGUCUCCACCUUCAUCUUCAAACGCGUUUCAAACAGGCAGAUGUACCGCAUCCGCGACCUGUACCUCGAGUCUGUGCUGCGGCAGGACAUCAGAUGGCACGACACGCAGCGUACUGGCGAUCUCGCCAGUCGAGUUUCUGGGCAGCUGCAGGAAUUGAACUUCGGCAUCGGAGAGCUGAUGGUGCGGUUCGCGAUGCAGCUGGUGAGCCACGGCGGCGCGCUGGCGGUGGCGGUGUACCGCGGCUGGGAGCUGUCGCUGGCGUGCCUGGCCGCCGUGCCGCUCACCGCCGCCUCGCUCAAGGCCGCGGACUCCUACACCAGCCGCCUGUGCAGCGAGGAGGCGAGCGCCCGCGGCAAGGCCAGCGCCGUCGCCGAGGAGGUUCUCGGCGCCAUCCGCACCGUCGUCGCCUUCGGAGGACAGCAGAAGGAGGUCCAGAGGUUCAACGAGAAGUUGCAAGAUGCUGUGAAGGUUGGCUUUAAGAGGAACCUAGCUGGCGGACUGUACUCUGCUAUCUCGUCUUUCUCCGUGUACAUCGUGUAUGCCGUGGCGUCCUGGUACGGCGUGUACCUCAUGCUCAGGGACAAAGAGUAUCCCGAGAGCCAGAGGAAGUACGACGCAGCAACCGUGAUCACAGUGUUCUACUCGGUGACGCAUGGGUCGUCGAUGUUCUCCUCACUGUCAGCGUACAUCGAGAUGAUCUCUGAGGCUAGGGGCACCGCCGCGAAGGUGUUCUCUGUUAUCGACCGCAAACCAGACAUCGACAGCCUGUCGGAAGAAGGCGAGAAACCUUACUACGCCAAGGGUGAUGUUACUUUCAAGAACGUCCACUUCGAGUACCCAUCGCGGAAGGGAAUCAAGGUCCUUCAAGGUCUCAACUUGAAGAUCAAAGCUGGUGAGACCGUGGCGCUUGUCGGAAGUUCCGGCUGUGGGAAGUCCACGUGCAUGCAGCUCAUCCAAAGAUUCUACGACCCUGUGCAAGGAACAGUAGAACUGGACGGGCGCGACAUGAAGACGCUGAACGUGGGCUGGCUGCGGUCGCAGAUCGGCGUGGUGGGCCAGGAGCCGGUGCUCUUCCACGCAACUAUCGCCGAGAACAUCCGCUACGGGCGAGCGGGCUGUUCCAUGCAAGAAAUCGAGGAGGUGGCGAAAGUAGCCAAUGCACACAGUUUCAUAUCGAAACUGCCACAGGGCUACGACACGCUGGUGGGCGAGCGCGGCGCCCAGCUGUCGGGCGGCCAGAAGCAGCGCAUCGCCAUCGCCAGGGCGCUGGUGCGCCGCCCCAAGAUCCUGCUGCUGGACGAGGCCACCUCUGCCCUGGACACCGGCAGCGAGGCCAAGGUGCAGGCCGCGCUGGACAAGGCUAGUAUGGGUCGAACAACGAUCAUCGUAGCGCAUCGGCUGUCAACGAUACGCAACGCGGACAGAAUCCUGGUGGUGUCUGGGGGCGCCGUGGUCGAGGAGGGCAGCCACGACCAGCUGAUGGCUCUCAAGAGUCACUACCACGCACUCGUCACCACACAGCUCUCAGCCGCCAACGCGGACGGAAAGGUGAAAGACGACCGCCCUGCAUUGGAGCGUAUGGUGAGCGAUCGGGGUGAAGCACCCUCUGAGGAGCACGAGCGCGAGGCGAAGGCCUGCGCGGGCGACGAGGACGCGUCCGACGAGGAGGAGCCGGUGGCGCACGUCGGCCUGCGGGACGUGUUGCGGCUCAACGCCCCGGAGUGGCCGCUGGCGCUCACCAACACGGUCUGCACCACCCUCCGGGGCUUCGCCAGUUCCGCCGCCAGCGUCGUCUUCGCAGACGUCAUUGGGGUCUUUUCUCUUUCGGAUACAACGGAGAUGCGCAGGCAGGCUACUUGGUUCACUAUCACCUUCCUCGUAAUCGCAGUCACUAGCGCCGUCAUCGGAUUUCUGCAGACGUACGCUUCUCGUCACUCUGGAACCAAACUAAGAAAUCGACUGCAGAGCCUCAUGUUCUCAGCGAUGUUGCGGCAGGAGAUGGCGUGGUUUGACAAGAAGAGCAACAGCACAGGAGCGCUGUGCGAGAGGCUCUCUGGAAUCCACGAAGUUCACUCGGCGUCCGCACAGUAUAUAGGUUACAUACUUGACGGUAUGGUGACGCUAGUACUGUCUGUGGGCCUGUGCGCGUACCACGAGUGGCGGAUGGGCCUCGUCGUCGUCGCCUUCCUGCCGGCGUCGGUGGCGCUGCACUACUACGAACACGGGAAGAUGCUGGAGGACAUGAUGAGCGUCUGGGACGCCAUGGAGAAAGCAUCUAAGUUGGCCGUCGAGGCGGUGGGGAACAUCCGCACUGUGGCCGGCCUGUGCCGCGAACGCCACUUCCACCAGCAGUACCUGGCGGAGCUGCGGCCGGCGCUCCAACGGGAGGAGCGCAACUCCCAAAUCAGAUCGGCCGUCUACAUCGUCACUGGCAACAUCAGCACGCUGUCUUACGCCGCGUGCAUGUACUACGGAGGAUUACUUAUUCACUCCGAGGGGAUGCAUUUUAAGGAUGUCUUCAAGGUCUCUGACGCUUUAAGCAAUGUGAGUGGCAGCCUGACGUACGUCCCGUAUUUCAUUCUGAGUGUUCGUAAAGGGUUAAUUGCUGCUUCGAAAUUAUUUCAUUUGCUAAACCGGCAAUCAAAGAUAGCAGAUCCUCGGGUCGCUGCAGAAGAUACAUGGGUGACCAGGGGAGACGUGUCGUACUGUGGAGUGGAGUUCUGCUACCCGACGCGGCCCGGGGCACAGGUGCUGCGAGGACUCGACCUGGCGGUGAAGCCUGGCCAGACGGUGGCGCUGGUGGGGCCGUCCGGCGGCGGCAAGUCCACCUGCGUGCAGCUGCUCCAGAGGUUCUACGAUCCCAAUUCCGGCACUGUGGCUCUUGGUGAACAUGAUGUGUCCAGCAUCAGACUGUCAUCGCUGCGGGCGCAGCUGGGAAUGGUUCAACAGGAGCCUGUCCUUUUCAACAGAACAAUCGCUGAGAAUAUUGCUUAUGGCGACAAUAGCCGUGAGGUUACCAUGGAGGAGAUAAUUAAAGUAGCAAAGAAAGCAAAUAUUCACAAAUUUGUGGAAUCGUUACCUCAGGGGUACGCAACACAUGUGGGGGAGAAAGGCAUACAGCUCAGUGGAGGCCAGAAACAGAGGGUAGCGAUUGCAAGGGCAUUGGUUCGUAACCCUCCUGUCCUACUGCUGGACGAAGCCACAUCAGCUUUGGACGCGGAAAGUGAAAAGGUUGUGCAAGAGGCUCUCGACAACGCAAAAGAAGGCCGGACUUGCAUUACAAUUGCACAUCGGUUAUCGACAGUUCAAGAUGCUGAUGUGAUUUGUGUCAUCAGUGAUGGAAAAGUUGUUGAAAUGGGAAAACAUGCAAACCUCCUGGCGAAGCGCGGCGUUUACUAUAAACUGCAGGGACUUCAGCCUAAUUAAACAACCACGUGUGUCAGAGAUUUUCAGCUGUGGGUGUAGCUUAGUGAAGCUCAUGCCACUCCGUGUGUGAGAAGAUACCACAGCGAACUGCAUCAGUUACUUAGUUUCGUUUAGCAAUACGCUUCGUGUGCCGAGUGAAUGACAGUAUUAUCUGAAGUGAUUUUUAUCAGUAUUUAAGUUUUUGUAUAAUAAAUACAAUAAGAACAAAAUCUGACAUUAAUAGUGAUAUUCAUAAUGGUUCAACUUCUGAGCAAGUGCCCAUAGAGUUACAACCAGAUACACUUCGUCACAUAAAAUGCUGUUUCAGAAUUACUAUUUUAGCUCAUUUUCUGAUACACAUGAAUGGCAUGCCUACUGCUCACAUUAUCUUAACAGCAAUGUUUCACUAAUCAAUUUUUGUAUAGACUAUAUAAAAGAUACGUAUCAUUUACUGUCAGUGAUGAUUUUGUUUUAAAUUGUUAACAAAUAACUGCACUGCGCUGUACUGAUAACAGAAUGACAUAUGUGAAAACUGCUUAUGCUGACAGUACAGUAACGCACAGGGACAUACCUAGAUGUAUUCUGUACAUUCCACGCACCAGGUUACUGUAAUAAUUAUGUCCAUAUUUAUUUUCCUUUUUUUCACUCGGAUUCUUUCCUUCUCUCAGUUUCUUCCCAUCCUAACUAGUACGUUCAUUAUAAAUAAACUCCUGUGAAAUUUUAAGUUUCAGUCUGCUAUUCAUACAAAUUAU